UUCUCUUGCUACAAACUAACCCUUUACCCGCCUUCUUGUUUCUCUUUCUUCUGCAGGCCCCUGACCAAGGUGUAGACCAUAGAGGUGGAGUCAUGCUUCACACGGCCAUAUCAUGUUGGCAGCCAUUCCUAGGUUUGGCUGUUGUGUUAAUCUUCAUGGGCUCUACCAUAGGCUGCCCGGCCCGCUGUGACUGUUUACCUCACAACAAGUCCGUCUCUUGUCACAGAAAGAGGUUGAUCGCAAUCCCAGAGGGCAUUCCCAUCGAGACCAAAAUCCUAGACCUCAGCAAAAACCGGUUAAAAAGCGUCAACCCUGAGGAAUUUAUGUCCUAUCCUCUGUUAGAGGAAAUAGACCUGAGUGACAACAUCAUCGCCAACGUAGAGCCAGGAGCCUUUAACAAUCUUUUUAAUCUGCGAUCCCUUCGCUUGAAAGGGAAUCGCCUGAAACUGGUCCCCCUGGGAGUGUUCACAGGACUGUCUAACCUCACCAAGCUUGACAUUAGUGAAAACAAGAUUGUCAUCUUGCUGGACUAUAUGUUCCAGGAUUUGCACAACCUGAAAUCCCUGGAAGUCGGGGACAACGAUUUGGUUUAUAUAUCACACAGGGCCUUCAGUGGGCUGCUUAGCCUGGAACAACUUACCCUGGAGAAAUGCAACUUAACAGCCGUGCCCACAGAAGCCCUCUCCCACCUCCGCAACCUCAUCAGCCUGCAUCUCCGAUAUCUCAACAUCAAUGUUAUGCCCGUGUAUGCCUUUAAAAGACUGUUCCACCUGAAGCAUCUGGAGAUCGACUAUUGGCCCCUGCUGGACUUAAUGCCUGCCAAUAGCCUCUAUGGUCUUAACCUCACCUCCCUCUCCAUCACCAACACCAAUUUAUCGACUGUCCCCUACCCUGCCUUUAAACACUUGGUUUACCUGACGCACCUCAACCUUUCUUACAAUCCCAUCAGCACCAUCGAAGCUGGCAUGUUUGCGGAUUUAAUCCGGCUUCAGGAGCUGCACGUAGUGGGGGCUCAGCUCCGCACCAUCGAACCACACGCUUUCCAAGGGCUCCGCUUCCUUCGCGUGCUUAAUGUUUCCCAGAACCUAUUGGAAACGCUGGAAGAAAAUGUGUUCUACUCACCCAGGGCCCUAGAGGUACUGAGCAUCAGCAGCAACCCCCUGGCCUGCGACUGCCGCCUCCUUUGGAUUCUGCAGAGGCAGCCCCUCUUGCAGUUCGGAGGCCAGCAGCCCAUGUGCGCUGGCCCAGAUAGCAUUCGGGAGAAACCCUUCAAGGAUUUCCACAGCACCGCCCUUUCCUUUUACUUCACCUGCAAAAAACCCAAGAUCCGGGACAAGAAGAUGCAGUACCUGCUGGUGGAUGAAGGGCAGACAGUCCAGCUGGUCUGCAAUGCCGAUGGUGACCCACAGCCCGUCAUUUCCUGGGCAACCCCUCGCAGGCGGCUGAUCACCACUAAAUCCAACGGAAGAGUGACGGUCCUAGGCGACGGCACCCUGGAGAUACGUUUUGCCCAGGACCAAGACACGGGCGUCUACGUGUGCAUUGCUAGCAACGCUGCAGGGAACGACACUUACACAGCCUCCCUUACAGUGAAAGGAUUUGCCUCAGACCGUUUCCUUUAUGCUAACAGGACCCCUAUGUACAUGACAGACUCCAAUGAUACUAGUUCCAACGGCACCAAUGCAAAUACUUUCUCCCUGGACCUUAAGACCAUCCUGGUGUCCACGGCCAUGGGCUGUUUCACAUUCCUUGGAGUGGUUUUAUUUUGCUUCCUCCUCCUCUUUGUAUGGAGUCGAGGAAAAGGCAAGCACAAAAACAGCAUCGACCUUGAGUAUGUCCCCCGAAAAAACAAUGGUGCUGUCGUGGAAGGGGAGGUGGCUGGACCUAGGAGGUUCAACAUGAAAAUGAUCUGAGGUUCCACCACUAACAGUGCUUUUUCUUUUCUGUGGCAUUGUUUGUAUCCAAUAAACCAGCCUGGCAAAUCAAAUUGCUGGGUAGAGGGGCAGCGCGCUGCAGCUGCCCCUUUGUUCAAAUGGGGUAUAUAGGAAACAGGAAGACUUGUUUGUGGUUGUGCAACAGGGCCUCUGCACCAAGAGGCAGGUGUGUGGGGGGCCUUUCACAGAGUUGGUUUUACUAAUUGUUUGCAUUGCAAAUAUUGGCAUUCUGGGGAUCUCAGUAAUGAACCUGUUGGCUCACGUUCAUGGACAGUUGUUCAACAUUUUCUACCACUACAAAAAGAAAAAGAAAAAAAGAGCAACCUACAGUGUAGGAUUUACAUUAUUAAAGACACAUUUGUCUAAAACAUACUCUACAGUUAAAAAAAAAAAGAGAGAGAAUUUGUAUCUAUGAUUAUCAUUUGUUAAAGCCUUGCACCAUAACCUAUUGUUGGUUGAGCACCACAAAGAAAUCGAUAUAUUCUUUUCUUUUUCUUUUCUUUUCAUGAUUAAAACAACAUAUAUACUGUGUACAUUUUAAAGCAAUACGAAUGAGAGGUUGUGCUUUUAGUUACUCACCACUACUGACCCAAGUGUGAUGUCACCGUCUUUUAACGGCAAAUAGCAAACAUCACAAAAUAGAUCCCUGUAGUUACCCGAGGAAAGAUACAGAGAGAGAGAAGUGAAUUUGUCUGAUCAUAGGAAUCCAGGUUACACUACCCAAGGCAAAAUUGUUUUAACUCUGUUAUCUUCUGUUAAUAUAAAUAAAGGCAUGUGCCUAGUUUUGAUACAGAAUGGAAUAUUUUUUAUACUUGUGAUAUCACACUGGACCAGUUUACUGUAACAAAGCCCUUGGAUUCACCCAAAAGAGAGGGUAAGCCACUAGUAGUGGUUAAAACUAUGAAAAAUAAAAUAAAAUAAAAGACAAGGUAGGUGUUAACCAUGAAAAUGAACCAUCUUAUCACAGCCUGGUUUAAAUUUCACAAACCACCUAAUGUGCUAAUAGACAAUGAAAAAGUAAAGAAAAGGACUUUGGUUUUUACAUAUUCACAAGAAAACUAUCAUCUUUAUGGUAGUUAAGAUAGAGAAGUGAAUCUACAAAAGCUCUCUGGAUAGGAAUGAGCUCUUCUCAGAUGCCAAUAAAACCAGGUUCAUCCAUGCAUAACAGAAGGAUUAUGCAACCUUAAGGACAUGCUUAAAAUGAGAUAGUCUCCUUAAGAUCCAACUGCUGCCAAUUAAAAGGACUUGCUCUCUGCUAUCACUAUUUAAUAUUGCAACUUCUAAGAAUUACUUAUAGAUAUCAAAGUUAAUUUCCACAAGUGGACCACUUCAGCAUUUCUCCUUUCUACCUUACAAAUUACAUAAUGCUUGCUUUUUCUCCAUAAUAAUCAGUGGUAGACAAGAGAAAUCUUAUUGCGAUUUUUAAAGGAGUGAGCAAGAUUGUACUGAGGAUAACUCAAAAAAUGUGAUUUGGUGGCUGAUCAAGAAAAAAAAUCUGGAAGAAUGGAAAGCUGUAUUGAUCCCCUUCUUUUGCCACUGCGAAUACAAAAUAUUCUAAGAUGCUGGCAUCAUUAAGUGUUGCCUAAAGAUUUUAAAUUCUGGUUAUUUCUCAUUCUUAAAAAGAAUGGACUUUGCCACCAAUGAUUUAGCCCAGAUGAGGCUUAAUUUUUUCCCAAAAUGUUUAGUAAGUGGUUCUUCAAACAGACUGAAUGUUAUUAAUAAUCAAUGAAUAGAAAUAAUAUUUGAUGAGUGAUUAUCUAUUUAGCUAGACUGGAAGAGACAUGAAAAUAAUGCAUAUUUCACAUUUUGAGAUGGAUCCAAAAUGGUGUCCCAUGAUAUGAUAUGGUAAAUAAGAGUGAGCUCUGUGUUGUGAAAUGAUAGAAUGAAAAUGUUCCUUAAAAGGGACUUGCUUUUUUUGGUCUUUGAAUUUUGUGAAACUUAAAUAAAAUGACCCCUAACAAAAAAAAAAAUGAUAAAUGGAGAUUAUCCCUGCCAGUUGAAUAGCAACCCACCUGAAAAUCCUGCUCUACUUUCAAUAAGGAGAGUAAAAUAAAGAAAUGCGAUGGAAAGA